GCGGCUGUGCAGUCAGCCCGGCUGUAGGCGGCCCCUGUAGGCCCGGGCCAGCUGGAGACAGCCCCGAGGGCCAGACUGCCCUGCGCCGCCGAGCCGGGAGUGGCCACCUGGUGCCGCGUCCUCCGGCCUGGCGGGCCUGGGAAGUGACUCUGGGCAGCGGAGGGCAGGCCAGCCAGCCAUGCUGGGCCCCUGGCUCUGAGGCCACCUCAGGACAUGGAGGACCUCACCGAGCUGACCCCCACAGAGCCAGCCACCAUGGGCAGGGGGCCUGGGAGUGACAGUGACACGGUGUGCAGCACAGCUGUGGGUACGCUGAGCGGAGCAGCUGCGGCUCCUGCUGGCACCGAGACCCCUCCUGGACAGACGGCCGCAUGUCCUACAGACCUGACAUUACAGCUGCAGGCCGUGCGCAGGAAGAGCAGGAGCCCGGACCCUGGCCUGCAGCAGGCACUGCGGGGCCGUCUGCGCCUGCUGGAGAAUGACAGCCGGGAGGUGGCACGUGUACUCGGAGAACUCUCGGCCAGGCUGCUUUCCAUCCACAGUGACCAGGACCGGAUCGUGGUGACAUUUAAGACCUUCGAGGAAAUAUGGAAGUUUUCCACCUACCACACCCUUGGCUUCACGCACCACUGCCUGGAGACGCUGCUGGUGGACGCCACCUUCUGGCUUCUGGUGCCCAGCGAGGAGGAGGAGGCAGCAGCCAUCCGUGUCCAGGUGGCCGAGGAUGCCCUGAGGCUGAUGCAGGAGAGCCUCCUCCUCCAGGAAGGGCCCUUCUUCGUCCUGUGUCCUGACCACCACGUGAGAGUGACACCUGGUGCCCAGGGUGCAAAGAAGGGGCCUCCACCCCCCAGAUGGGCCUUGGGGGAUCUCCAGGGAGAGACAACCUCAGCAGCAGGCUCCCCAGCCCCUGGCCCCAGCACAGCACCAGGGGAGCCCUUGAUUCCAUUCCAUCAGUGGGCUCUGAGGGUCCCCUGGGAUCCCGCUCCUGAUUCCGUGGGUGGACCUGGGACCCCCGACAUGCUGCUGGUGGGCCGCGGCCGGGCCUCCGUGGUGGCCGACUGGCAGAGCUCGGGCCCCGAAGAGCUGUCCCUCCGCACCGGCGACCUCCUGGAGCUCCUCAGUGCCCAGAUGCCUGGCCUGCCCUGGUGUGUGGGCCGGCACGUGGCCUCAGGCUCUGUGGGUUUCGUGUCUACAAGUGUCAUCCGCUUACAGGAGCCCACAUCUGAGCUGGAGGGCGCCAUCUUCCUGGGUGAGGAGGAACGGUCAUUCUUCAGCAGCCAGGGAUGCUUUUCUGCAGAGGAUGCCCGGCAGCUGCUGGACAGGACAUCGGGCAGGGACAUAUGCUCCAUGUACCGCUUGGAUAGACUGGAAGAGGCUGAGUGUGCACAGCCACAGGAACAAGAGGUGCCGGCCGCUUCCCCAAUCCCAGAGCCUCGAGAGACCCUGCAGACAGUGCGGGGCGUCCUUCAGCAGUGCAAGGGUUGCCUGGGCCGCCCCACGGAGCCAGUACUCUGGGACUCCCCAGCAGCUUCCCAUAGCUGGAGCCCUCCAGCGCCCGAGGAGCUUCCCUUCCGCCUGGAUGACGAGGACGGCUGGGCCUGCCCCGGGGCCCUGGGCUUGCUGCUGCAGUUCCUCAACGCUCCCGGCUAUGAGGCCAGCUUCCGUGGCCUCUAUGAUGCCCCACUCUCCUGGCUGAGCAGCCUGUCCACCGGCAGCACCGACGAGGAAGAGCUGGCUGACCACCUGGCACAGGCCCGGGGGCUGGCUAAGAAGGCUGGGCUCAGCAUGGCCCUGGCCAGGCUCUGCUUCCUGCUGGGGCAGCUGUGCAUCCGGAGGCUCAAGCUGUCCCAGGCCCGGGUGUACUUUGAGGAAGCCCUGGGGGCCCUGGGGGGCAGCUUCCGGGACCUCUUCCUGGUGGUGGCUGUGUACACUCACCUGGCCAGCAUCUAUCUGAAGCAGAAGAACAGGGACAAGUGUGCACAGGCAGUGCCCAGGGCUGCAGCCCUGCUCCUAGGGACAUCUGGCCCCACAGGCAGCACCGAAGCCGAGGCUGAGCUCCUGAAGUUUGCCCUGCGCCGGGCCAUCGUUGCCCAGAGCCCACAGGCUGAGGCGCGGGCCUGUUUCCUGCUGGCCCAGCACCACAACCGCCUCAGGCAACCCGAGGAGACCCUGCCCUACCUGGAGCGGCUGCUGGUUUUGCACAAGGUCUUGGGGACCCUGCGUGCGGCAUGGCCCAUGGACUGCUACCUGCUCCUGGCGGACACCUACAGCAGAAAGUGCCUGCCCCACCUGGCACUGAGCUGCGUCAGGGCAGCUGCGCUGAGCACAAGGGGGACGCUGGCCGGCUUCCUGCGCAGCGUGGACCUGGUCCUGCAGAACGCUCCCCAGCUGCAGGCCCAGAGCAGGGCCCCCAGCCCUCCCGCACAGAUGGCCCAUUACCUCAAACAGGCACUGACCUCCCUGGCCGAUGGCCCUGGGCAGGCGCUGCGUGGUGCCCUCUGUGCCAGCCUGGCCCAGCUGCACAGCCACCAUGGACAGCGCAGCCAGGCCAUCGCCUUUAUGACUCAGGCGGCGGAUGCUGAUGCCACGGCUGGGGCGCACCGUGUGGUAGGCCAUUUGGUGGCCCUUGCCUGGCUGCACAUGCUCCAAGGACAGAGCCUGGUGGCCCUGGACAUCCUAGAGUCUGUCCUGGAUGCAGCCGUGGCCAGUGAGGACCAAGAGGGUGUGAUGGCCAACAUGGCGGCCAUGGCCCUGAAACGGAUGGGCAGAACCCAGCGGGCAGCUGAGGGCUACUACCGUGCCCUGCGCAUAGCCCGGCGCCUGGGCCAGCGGCAGAACCAGGCUGUGGUCCUGGCCAACUUCGGGGCCCUGUGUCAGCAGGCAGGCGCUGGCAGGCUGGCCCAGCACUACUUCCUCGAGGCCAUCAGGGUCUUCUCCUCACUGCCCAGCGCAGAGUGCGGCCGGGACUUCACGCAGGUGUUGCUGUGGGCGGGCCACCUGUACACCCGCCAGGCCCUCCUGCAACAGGGCAAGUGCUACUACCUGUGGGCGUUUCUGGUCGCCAUGGAGACAGGCCAGCUGGAGAGCCAGCUGCAGGCCGUCCAGCAUCUCUGCCACUUCUACAGCCGCAUUGCACCCGACGAGGCGCAGUGCGCCAUCUACCUCGAGUUCCAGCUCACACUGGCCCGGAGGACAGCUGACAAGGUGCUGGAGGGGCAGCUCCUGGAGGCCAUCAGCCAGCUCUACCUGUCGCUGGGCACCGAGCGGGCCUACAAAUCCGCUCUCGACUACACCAAGCGGAGCCUGGGCAUAUUCAUCGACCUGCAGAAGAAGGAAAAGGAGGCAUAUGCCUGGCUGCAGGCAGGGAAGAUCUACUACAUCCUGCGCCAGAAUGAGCUGGUGGAUCUGUACAUCCAGGUAGCACAGAACGCAGCGCUGUACACAGGGGACCCCAGCCUAGGGCUGGAGCUGUUCGAGGCAGCCGGAGACAUCUUCUUCAAUGGGGCUUGGGAUCGAGAGAAAGCUGUGUCCUUCUACCGGGACCGGGCACUGCCCCUGGCCAUAACCCUGGGGAACCAGGAGGCGGAGCUGCGGCUGUGUAACAAGCUGGUGGCCGUGCUGGAGACGCCCCAGGAGGGCUUGGAGUUCGCCCGUGAGGCCCUGGAGCUCAGCAUCACCCUGGGUGACCAGCUGAACGAGCGCGUGGCCUACCACCGGCUGGCCGCCCUGCACCACCGGCUGGGCCACGGCGAGCUGGCCGAGCACUUCUACCUCAAGGCGCUGUCGCUGUGCCGCUCGCCCCUGGAGUUUGAGGAGGAGACCCUGUACUAUGUGAAGGUGUACCUGGUGCUGGGCGACAUCAUCUUCUACGAGCUGAAGGAUCCCUUCGAUGCAGCCGGGUACUACCAGCUGGCGCUGGCGGCCGCCGUGGACCUGGGCCACAAGCGGGCACAGCUGAAGAUCUACACGCGGCUGGCCACCAUCUACCACCACUUCCUGGUAGACCGCGAGAUGUCCCUGUUCUUCUACCAGAAGGCCAGGACCUUUGCCUCUGAGCUCAACAGCCGCAGGGCCGAUCUGACCCCACAGCGCUUCUGGGCCCGCGCGCCCUGGCUGGCCCAGGACCCCCACCACAGGGCUGAGGGCAGUAGCCAGCCUCCUUGCCAAGCUUCGGGGGAGUGGGGGAGGGCCCAAGAGCAAUAAAUGUUUUUUCAGAAACUUGCUGUGGCUCCAAGGGAGCUUCUCUGCUCCUCCGGGCCCAGGCCAUCCUUGGCAGGGUCCUGGGGUGGCCUAGUCCUGCCCAAGCUGUCCCCAUGGCCAUCUCUGUGCCCUCCCACCUUCCCUCCCUCCCUCUCUCCCUUCCUUCCU